CAUCUGCCCAUGCUAAUGCCUAAUGGUAGUGUGGUAUACUAGUAUCAUCAUGCUGGCCGUUGAUUAUAUAAGUAAUGUAUCUCGCUAGCAUGCACCAGUAUCUCACAACGGAGCGAAAUUCCUCUUCCCUUUUUUUCCCUCCAAAUUCAGUCUCACUCUCUCUCACACAGACACGGGCAAGCCUUACAGAGCUACAGAAUUCCUUCUUUGUGCUUUCCUUUAUUCGCUUCAUAAUUCCAAGAGUUCACCCAUCGCUCUCUGGCAUCGAAAAAAUGGAGGAUUAUUUGCAGUAUAUGAGGACUCUACGCACUCAAAUGACCGAGGUGGAAGAUCAAGCGACUAAGCUAUCGGCACAACAGCAAAUCCACCUCACUAUUAUUCGGAAUCUCGAAAGAGACCUCGAUUUUGUGAAAAAUGAGACAAAGCGAGUUACAGAGGAAAAAGAUCGCAUAAUGAAGGAGAAGGGACUAAUCUGUUCCCAGAUUCUGGAAAAGCAGAGGAAAAUAACUUCAUUGGAACUAGAUUCAUCUACACUGAACCAGACACUGGACCUGAUGCAACAUGAAAGAGUCACCCAGUCAACAAAAUUGCUUGAGAAAAGCUCAUAUUACACAAAGGUUGCUGAUGAUAUUAUUACAGAACUCAAAGAUCAACAGGGCUGGAUAAUUGCUAACAAGUGCAGCUUUCUUGAUACAGAGAAUGGUUUGGUGGGAAAUAACAUCACCCGGGAAAUUUGUGAGACUGAAGAGUCUCAGGGAAACAUAAUGAAAAGCCUACUGAUGAAGUUUGAUGCUGCAAAAGCUGAGUUAGACCAGAUGGUGCAGAUGAAAUACAAUCUUGUUUUGGAGAAUAGCAAGAUAAAGCAUGCUAUGGAGCUAGUAAAGGGGAAGUUAAAUGAAUAUAAGCCAGAACUUCGGGAAAUGGAUAGUGAAUUGUUGGAUGAGGAACUUCAAGUGCUUUUAUCAGACAAAUCUGGGGAAGCCGAGUUUUUAGAGGCUCUGCAACUUCAGAUAAUGACCUUAAAGGAAAUUUCACAUCCUGUUAAGUGUUCUUGUGGAGAAGAAUACAGGGUAGAACUGGGUGCUUAUGGAGAGGCUUAGAAAAAAUGCUGGCUACAAACUUAUCAAAUGCUCUUUCUUCCAUAGUCAUUGAACAUGUGAAUAAAAAGCUGCAAAUUGUUUAGGAAUAGCAGCAGGACAUGCCAUGAUGAAGUUGCCAUGCAUUGAUCAGAUGACAACAGCAAUUUCUUUUUCUAGUAUCUGUUUGGUUUUACUACUUUAUGAAUUACUAUUUGAAUAAGUACGAUGUAUUGCUAUUUAAUCA